GUUGCCACAGCAGCGGCGGUCGGAAACCGAGCCCAGCCCGAGCCGGCGGUCGGGGCGCGCCAUGGAGGGGCUGGAAGGUGAGAUUACAGUGCAAACUGGAGAUCUGUUGCCAUGUAAGAUUUGUGGAAGAACUUUCUUUCCAGCAGCGCUGAAAAAACAUGGACCCAUUUGCCAAAAAACUUCUGCCAAGAAAAGGAAGACAUUCGAUUCCAGCCGACAGAGAGCAGAAGGAACUGACAUUCCCACAGUAAAACCUCUUAAGCCACGGCCAGAACCACCCAAAAAACCUUCUAACUGGAGACGAAAGCAUGAGGAAUUUAUAGCAACUAUACGAGCAGCCAAAGGACUGAAUCUUAAAGACGGUGGAAAACUCCCUCCACCACCUCCACCAUCAUAUGACCCUGAUUACAUUCAGUGUCCAUACUGUCAGAGGAGAUUUAAUGAAAAUGCAGCUGACAGACACAUCAAUUUCUGUAAGGAGCAAGCUGCACGUAUUACUAAUAAGGGGAAAUUGGCAGCUGAUACCAAAGGGAAGCUUCCUACUCGAACACAGUACAAACCUGCUCCAGUUAAGAAGAUGCCUUCUGUAGGAUCAACACCAUCACCAUCAUCACGCUUACCACAGCCAAGUGGUGUCAGCAAAACUGUUGUAGGUGCCUCUUCAGGUAAAGCACUGUCUUCGUCUGGAUCCAGUGGGAGCAAAAUUCAGACAUUAUCACCAGCUCAUAAAAACUCUCUGGGAACAGUGAACCCACAAACAGGAAGUGCAACAAAAACCCGGACAUCAACCCCUCCUAGUGUGGCAAGAGCCAUGAGCACGGGUGCUUUAACAAACAGAAGAAAAACCAGCAAUUCAGAUAUUUGCUUAAGGUCUGAUGGGAAAACUGGGUGUGACAGUGGAGACAGCCCAUCCUCAGUCAAUGGAGGAAGUGCAAAAAGCAGUGAAGGCAUUUCACCUGUACAGUUAUCCAAGUUCUGCCAUGAAUGUGGAACAAAGUAUCCAGUGGAAUGGGCGAAGUUCUGCUGUGAGUGUGGAAUUCGAAGAAUGGUUGUGUGAACACAUUCUUUAAAGCAGAAAGAAAACAAGAAAUUGGAACAUCUGCUAUGUACUGUUGCAUGGAAAGCUUGAGCACUCCAUCCAGUAAGACUUCAUGCUGCAAAGAUCGAAACAUCAUUUUGUAAUUUUCUGAGUGCAAUCUUCUGGUUACACAGUUAUUUAUAAACAAUGAUAUAUACUGUAUAUAAAAAUAGCAGCUACCUAAAAACUGUGCCAUUCAAGGAAAUACUCUUUACUCUUUGUUGAAAAUAUUUAAAAUUAUGGUAAAAAUGCAUUAAGUAACCUAGGUAGCAGAAGAGGUUCAAUGUAAUUUUUUUUUUUGUAAAUUCUACUAGGCAAAGGAUUUUUUAAAUCUCUUAUGUAGAGUAAUGCUUACCUAUAGGGAACUAGCCAUGAACAACUUGGGCUUCAAAAGUUUCUCCGUGGAGGCAUUUCCUUCAUCUGUGACAAUAACUUAGAUGCUGUGUUCAGCAUGAGACAACAUGAGCAACUCCUUAUAAAUUCCUAGGAAAAAAAUGUAAAAAGUUUGGAUCUCUAAACUCUCUAACAGUAAUAUGCUAAUUGGACUUUCCAGUUGCUUCCUAGAAAUUUUUAAAGAAUCUAAGUGGAAAGACUACCUGAGAAUUCUCUUUGCAUCUAAGAAGAAAGGCUAGAUUUUCUUUUUGUGGCUUUCCAUGUUCUGUUUUUCAGUAAAAACAUGUUAAUACUUUUAUGUAUUUAUAAGGACAAAUAUGAUAUUAAUUCUAUUAUUAUUCAUUUUAUUAAGUUCCUUUUGUUUCAGAAUACUUGUCUUCCUCCUCCUGUGCUCCACCACAACUAGCAUAUCUAAAGCUGUUGUGCUUUGUCCUAUAUCUGAAGGUCCUCAUUUCCUCGAGGAAAUUCAAAGUCCAUACUUUUCCUACCUAAAUGUUGAACUCUUAUUGUGAAAACAGCCUUCUUGAUGUAUCCAAUACCAAAAAAAAAAAAAAUAGUUCUAUAAAAAUGAAUGCUAUUAGAGCAAUAGAACUUGAUGUAAGUAGUGAGUCUUUUUUUAUUCUCAUUCCUGUGAAAAUAGCAUAUGAAUGCAUAGGGGAGUAACUGUGCUUCUGUGCUUCACUGGUAUUUGUGUCAAUACCUGACUUUAUUUUUUUUAAUUUUGAUCUCAUAACAGUCUUUUCAAGUUAGUCAUAGACAUCACAUUAAUCCAUUGGGAAGAAGGGAGAGACUCAAAGUUGUGUUGGGUAUUUUACUAAUUACACAGUAAGUUAGUAAAUUACACAUUUGCUAAUAAAACUACUCACAAGCCAAAUCACUUAACUUGUAUCUUAAUGUAGUAAUUUAUUUUGUGAAGUCUUGCUUUGAAGUGCUUGCACCAUCUUUGUUAUGCGUGGCAGAACAAUCUGAAAUAACUUAUCUGUGCCUUUCCCACAGUAAAUACAUUUUUUGUCAGAAACUGGUACUUUCAGCUCACAAACUUCAUGAGUUUCAAUUAAUUUAAUUUCUUUACAACUUAUACAAAAUAUAAUGUCGUGUUCCCUGAUAGUAUUAUGGUUGUUGCUUGCAUUCUCAAAAACUGUGAUUAUCAAUCAGGAAAAUUUGGAAGAAAGUGUGAUUGAAGAAAAGCAUCUUCAAAGUAGAUACCAGUCUAAGAGAAUGAGUGAUUUAAGAGACCUGAUGUAGUUAUAUUGCAGGCCACAAGCUGUUGAUGUUUUAAAAUUCAGUUUAAAUAAAGUUCAGUGAAUGUCUUGCACUACUUUUAAAUUAUUUUUUUUUAGAAAUUAUUCUUCAUUCAGUGUAGUCUUUUCAUAACUGGUAUAAACUGGCUACUGAGCAUGAUAGGAUGGAUGACUCUUAAUGACACAGCUGACAAAUCCUAGCCAGUUUAUUUUCUAGGAAUUUAGAUUCUAGGAUCCGUAUUACUAUUCACAUUCGUGUCUAUAUUUGGAAAAACUGGAAUUCUGCAUUCUUUCCAUGGAUAAGCCUGCUUUGGAAAACUUGCCCUGGACUUGGGCCAUGGAGGUCUGCAGACUGAAGUAUUGUGAGCUGAGAGUCCAUCAGCAAAGAUACCAGUCCAGAAUAGGUUUGAUCAGAUAGUGAAUCCUCUUACCUGAUGAAUUUGCAGUUGUUUCUGCUAGAAAAUUCAUUUUUCCACUUAUUAAAAAUGCUUUCUACAAAGGGAAUGUUUAGUAUGACACUAAAUGCCUUUCAGGUUUUCCGGAGUUAUUGUAACUGUGGGAAAAAACAUGUUGACUCUUUCUCCUUUAAAUUUUAAGUGGCAGAUUUCCUAAUUUCAAAUUAAUACUCAUACAGCUACUGUAUUUUUCUGCUUUGUGAGCUGUUUAUGAGAUUCUUUGCUUUCAAUGCAGCAUUAAGUAAAUUACUUGAGUAGCACAUCAUUUGUUUCAUUUACACUCGUGAUUUUAUCAUGAGGAUUAGAUAGGGAAUUAACCUGAACAGAAGGAAAGGUUUUUAAAACUUAUCUUUUAAUUUGGCCCUACAAAGAAGGUCUGUGAAACUUAAGUGACUGUUGAUAGUAACACUGGGUAAUGUGUGUGUGUUGUAAUCUACAGUAAAUAUAAGCAGGCAGUGAAAUGCUUUAACUGUGUAGUUUGGUGCUAUAUGCUAACUUAUGAAAGGCCCAGUGUGUGUUGUGUUUAUCAACUGGUUUUGUUACUGAAUGACAUAGGUUUCUGAAGUGUGUGAUGUUACAGACCCUAGCCUGUGUUACUCAAGGUAUCAGCACUGAUCAUUGUAAUUCCAUCUCUGUGAAUGUUUGUACAAAACUGGAUUGGUUGCUGUAACAUUCCUGAAGAACUGAAUGUGGAAAACCAAUUUGUUAAAUUUAAAGAAAAAAAAAAUUCAGGGAAUUGGACUGAAUUUUCAAUCCUUAGUAUAUUACAUGUGUCAAGAAGUUUCCAGAUUUAAUUUAUUGAUGAUCUACAUCCAAACCCUCUUGCCCUAGUCUCCACGCCCUUAUGGUUUUAAUGGGAGGAAGAAACAUGAACUAUGCACUGUCUGUUUAUAGCGAAAUUUAGUGAUGCAAUUGUUGUGAUUAUUUCUAUACCAAUGUAUAAUCCUACAACAGAUUUACUGUCUGCCAUUCCAUCUUCCUAAUGUUCUUACUAAGGUUCUUCUAUUCAUUAAAAAAUAGGGGGAAAAGAAAAGGUGAAAGGUAAAAUUACAUUUAAAGAAGCAAGGCUGGUUUUGAUGUUUGGCCUGAGGAAGUUUGCAUUCCCAUUCUACUUUUGUGAUUUUCUCUUAUACAAAGGACCUCUCUGUGCCAGGAAGUGCAGGAUUAUCGGAGCUAUGCUGAUAGAAGUGCAAUGGAGUUAUGAAAAAUGCUAGCUUCAAUAGUCAAAACAGCAUACCAUAAAGCUUAAUCUCUGUAUGAUGUACCUUACACAGGUUUGUAUUUAUGCAUGAUGCCUACACCCUAGGUAGUUUCAGAACUGGAAUCUCUAAAUAUAUAGUAAUUAAAAUAUGUGUUUAUAUGGAUAAUUAGUCCUACACAACACUGCAGGGAGGUGGGCACAGGGAGGUGCUUCACCCCCAUUUGAGGUUGUAACUGAAAUGAACAUACAGGCAGAAUUUUUCAAAUUUGCCAAAGAGACUCAAAGAGCCCUUGAACUCCCUGGAGGGAGUGGGAAAGCUCCACCUGAGAGUUCCCUGGUUGGGAGGAUGUCGGGUGGGGGGAGCUCUCCAUGGUGCUCUGGUGCUGAGCUGCAGUGCUGGGGCAGCGCCUGCUGCAGUGCAGCCACGCAUCCUGCGCCUUCACAGGGUGGGAACUGCAGAUUGUGUUGUAACACCUGACCCAGUCUGUAUGCAGCAUGGAAGUUCUCUGUCAUCUGCAAGGGACUAGCUCCUUAUUUCACCAUCACAGCUGAGAGCUGGUGCCUGAAAUGCAGGGAGAGUGUUUCCAUAUUGCCUGCUUACUGAGUCAGUGGAAGGAGGUAUGACUGCAGUGCUUUAAAUAAACAAGAUAUGUCCACACUGAUGUAGACUGUAAAUAGUCUGCAUAUAAAAUUAAAUGGUAUUAUCUGUGUAUUACAAAGGUCACAAGAAGAGCUAGUUUCCAUCACAUCAACUUUGUAUAUCUGCAAAGAACAAACCUGUUAUGAGUGUUUUUAAUCUUGGCUGAAAAAUUUGUGUUUAGUAAGAGCACUUUUUUCAAUUUUAUUUCUAUCCGGUUUGACUAAGCUAUGAAUAGUUAUAUGGGUUGUAUGAGAAGGUAGAAUUUUCAUCUUGGUAAAAUUUGUUUUAGUGGCUCUGGUGAAAAAAGUUUUAUUGCCUUUCAAGUACAGUUUAUUCCAACUCGUGAUUGUUUUGUUGCUGGUUGGUUUGGUUGGUUUUUUUCCAACUUGCUAAGUAAGGUUUGAGUGACCUAAUUGUGUUGUGUUGUUGGAAGAAUUGUUAGGUAAAGGACUCCAUUAGCUGAAUUCAGUAGUUACUUGGUUAAUAUUUUGUUCUAGUAUUCACAGUAUAUAAGAGAUUACUCUUGCAUACUAGUUCAUAUAUUGUUUUGUUUUGUGUUUGGUUUUUUGGUGUUAUGUCAGUUCAGAAUAAUACACGUUUCUGGAGGAUCCUAUUUAGUCCCAUUCCACUUCAUCUUGCCAGAAAACACCUUCUGCAUAUUUUCUCUUAAUAAGUGUUUGUUCUUUACAAAAAUAAUCAGUAGGGAAAAUAUAUUUCCCCAAUUUGAACAUUUGAGUCAGCAAAUCAAAUACUCAGUUUAAUAUAGCUGAGUAUCUAAACAGUUCUAUACAGAAGUGCAUGGUUUACCAUAGUUCUGUAUUUCAGUUUGGCUUUCUGGCAGAACCAUGAAUGGAUUUGGGUGGGAUCUGUAAAUUGCUGAGUACACUACAACUGUUACAAAGCCUACUUCAUAUGAUUGCUCUAACUUUUGGUGUUCAUCAUUCAUUUGACACUUAAUAUGUUUCUCUUUGUAAGUUUAUUUAUUAAUGUUCUGUGUUUUUAAAUGGUGUGUUCAUUCAUGUGUUGGAGAUGAUUAAUUAUUUCAGCAUUGCAUUUAUUAUGUUUGCCUUGCCCCUUAGUACAUGAAAUAUUUGUGACCAUCCAGUGAGGUUUUUUUGCCACAAUUCCUCGGUUUGUUUGCCUCUUAUUUUGUAUAUUAUGUUUAUUUUAAAGUUGAAGUUCUGUUUUAAUUAAUAACUGUAAAUCACCACCUAAUGCUGAUUUGCCACUUGUUAACAAUAAAGCAAAUAUGCCAAUAAAACUUCUUGUGAUGCGCAAA